AUGGCCUGGCCGUUGUGUGCCCGUGCUGCGUGGCAGCGGCCUUGGGUCUGUCUGCUUCUGGCCGUGUGGUUGGCUACGAUCAUCUUUCCCAACCCGACUCAAGCUGAAGAGAGAAUUCUACGCCGACGCAGCCAAUUUGAUAUCAUCAAGCAACACGCCAGCAAGUAUCUUCCCGAGGUCAAUGUGACCGAGGUGGUGGAACACCUCGCGUCGCAGCCUCAAUUGCCUCCCUGGAUCUCCCAAUCGACCGAACUCUUGGUCCUCUGUGGCCUCAGCGCAGUCGGCGCUCGGCCCCUGCCAGCUCUCGGAUUUAUUCUCCUUGGUGCUCUUUUGGCCUAUCUUGCUCUACGGCGACACCUUCACCGCGAAAAUCUGACUGUUGAAUCCUGUCGCUGGCUCAACGCGUGGUGGGCGCAUACCCAACUCGACUACAAUCAAGAGCGCAUGCUUGAAGCUGCCGCUCAGCUUCUCAACAGCACUCUUCAUGGUAUCAAGGAAUCGCACCUCGCCACCACCCAGGUUCGCUUCAAUGUCACGCGCGUAGACAUGCCUCCCAAUUUUCGACCCCUCCUGAGUGGGAUCCAGGCCACGCAAGUUGCUGUCGGUGACAGUGAUGCUGUUCGUCGCGUGCGUGUCCAACUCGAGGUGAACUUUGAUCUGACACAGGCAGAUGAAACUGAUUCAAUCAUGAUCGCCAUCGAGCUGGCCAAUGGCCAACACAGCGAUAUUCGUUUGGCGGCCUGCCGCGGAAAGGCGGCCAUGUGGUGGGAAACCGAUCGCAGCACGCCCAUCAUCAACCUCAGUGUGUUGCAGAUGGAUGUCCUCGAGGCACCUAGAAAAAUCGUCGAGGCCAAGUUGUGCGCGGCGCUUGAAGCCUGCAUGCAAGAUCCCGGGUCUCUCAAGUGGCCGGCACGUGAUGUUGCCUCCGUCCAAGAUUCCACGAGUACGGCCAUGGGGCCAACGUCCAGAGGCUCCCUCAGUGUGGCUCCUGUGAGCGUUCGUCCCAAAGUGAAGAUCACCUCGAGUGGACAGCCCACGGGCCGUUCGCUAUACGAGCAAGAUUCACACGGUGCAGGGACGCUGAACGUGCGCAUUCAGGGCGCUCACCUCAAGCUCGACGAGGCCAUCUCCACGCUGGCUGCGCUUUAUGUUGACGCGCCCUUUCAGGAGUGCAAGACUCACAACUGCCCCGAAAGUCUCAGCCCCGAGUACAACCAGGAAUUCUCGCUCGAGAUUGGUGAAGAGUCAGAAUCCAUUGCGGUGCACAUUAUCGAUGCCAACGACGACAACCAUGUUCUCGGCUUUGGAAGCAUCAGCGUCGAGGAGCUGUCCCACAAGCCGUCAGGUCAUGUGGUGCAGCUGACCGCUCAGCCUCAGGCCAUGGGCGUCGGUCGAGGCACAGUGCAGUUGUUUGCAAACUUUACCCGUGCAGCCCGGGAAGUGCGACUUUCAAACCGCAUGGAGGUAUCAGAUGCUGGAACCGAGCCUGAGGCCGUGCCCAUGUCGCCCGUCCUCUCGCGCCUGGCCAACCCCGGCAUGAGCCGACACAACUCGACGCAGGUGUUCUCGCGUCGGCUGGCCCUGGCCCCGCCCUCUGCACGCCGGUCGCGCACCCGACGGAGUGGACAGGGUGGUCUGCGCUCUGUGUCGGAUGUGGUGCCGUAUGACAACUCUAAUGCGGAGGGAGCCGCACGAGAAGCCUCAACACAGUCUGGCUCUCUUUCACGUAAUACACUGAACCAGGAGGCUUUGAGACAGCUGGAUGACGACUUUGACCGGUCACGGGGCCGAGAUAGCAUGAGCAUGCUCUCGGGCAUUUCGUAUCAAAGUGACACCCCUUCUGCAUUUAUUGACCAAUUCCACGAGGAGAUUCUGGCCACGGUCUUGGAGCUGGUUGAGACUUUUCACACCUAUGGCUCUCAUCUACGGCUGGCCAACGCCCACGACAUUGCACCACCGGUGUCUCGAUUCACCGCCAAGACGCGCCGCAACUUUGUGUCCAAGCGACACGCCUUUGUGCAGGUGAAGCCCGGGCGUGCCAUGGCGUGCAAUAUUACGGGCGUGCACAUUCGUAGCCGCAAGCAGCACCCGCUCCAGUGUCGCUUUUGUGGAAUGAUCGUCGUGCAGGCCGCAUUGCCCAAGUUGGAGGACUUGUGCACACAGUGCCAGCUGCCUGAUCUUCCCGGGCCAUCCGAUCCCCGCAAUGUGCUGCACAGUUUUAGCUUUACGGCCGAUUUUGCCAAGAGACAGCUGCUCAACAGUGCCUCAGCAACCAGUCCGGGGCUGGGGCGGGCGGAGAAUGGCUUGGAUGAUCAUGCCAACUCAGCCUUUGUUUACUAG